AUGAAGGCCUACGUGGACCGACAUCGUCAUUCUGAAUUAGAAGAGGCGAUAUCGAUUUACGACGGCCUGGAUGCUGAGUAUAAAGAAUUGAAGACAAGGAACUGGGCGUCGCGUCUCGAGUACCUGAGAGUUUCUCUUGGCCGAGUGAUCAUUGCGUACCUUGAUGUGAAUAUCGUCAAAGCGACGCAACUGUGGCAAGACUUCCAAGUUUCUGUUCGAUAUUGCCGAGAACAUCAUCAAGUCACCGGAUUCCUGGAGAUGGUUAUCGAUUACUGCCUCUGCGAUCUUGCUGCUCGCCUUGAGGAUUACAAUGAGGCGCAUCGAAUGCUGAAACGCGCUAAACCUGCUUUUCAGUACCUAGGCCGGGAGCACUGGUGGACCUGCAUUGACACGGAUUUUUUGGAUCUGGUCCGUGAUUCUCUCUUGGAGAAAAAUUUGAUAUCAGGUAUUGAUCAGCGCUAG